GAGCAAGCAGAGUUAGAGGCAGGACAAAAGAAGUUAUAUAGACGGCUAUAUACAUACAUUUGAAUGUUUUCGAGAGCGUGUAGUGGGGGGAAAAAAACAAUAGGAGAGAGUGCGGACAUGACAGUGUAGUUAUGGAGCCCCCUUUGAGCAAGAGGAAUUCGGCGAUAAGAUUAGCGGAUUUGGCAGCGACUCAGCCCCUUCCUCAUCAGAAUAUGACAGGCUUCCCGGGGAUAGGGGGGCAUCACCCUCACUCCCACCAUGCCCACCUCCACCCUGGGGAGAUGGGCAACGACCCCGGAGUGGCUCUCACUCCAUUUGGACCCGAGCACAUGGCACAGACAAAUGCUCUCAAACUUAGUCCAUCUCAGCCCAUUCAAAGCCACCCCGAAGCCCAGACCGCGGCAUCUUUCACUUCUUCUCAGACCACAGUUGGUUUCCCCGUGGCUCACCCCCACUCAGGCUACGCAAGCAGCAGGGACUUCAUCCUCAGGAGAGAGCUCUCAGCCUCUGCUAUGCAUGCACUUGGCGACCAGCAUAGUUCCGCCUCCUCCCCUCAUCACCAUGGCAUGUUCAUUUCCCCAACAGGUGCUUAUGGGCACACGGAAGGUGGUGCCCAUCCACUUUUCACUGGACUUCACGAGCAGGCGGCCCCAGGUGCCCACCACCAUGCUCUCAACGGCCAGAUGCGCCUGGGUCUGCCGGGGGACAUCUACGGCAGGCCAGAACACUUCGGCCACAGGCCCGAGCACUAUGGACCGUCUUCACUGCACACCUACAACUCCAUGAACUUAAAUGUGAACAUCGCUUCAGCUCCUCAUGGAGCCACGGGGGCGUUUUUGAGGUACAUGAGGCAGCCCAUCAAGCAGGAGCUCAUCUGCAAGUGGAUUGACCAGGAGCAGACGGCGAAGAAGCCCUGCUCGAAGACCUACAGCACCAUGCACGAGCUGGUCAACCACGUCACCGUGGAGCACGUCGGGGGACCCGAGCAGAGCAACCACGUCUGCUUCUGGGAGGAAUGUCCGCGCGAGGGGAAAGCCUUCAAGGCAAAGUAUAAACUGAUCAAUCACAUCCGAGUUCACACGGGAGAGAAGCCGUUCCCCUGCCCCUUCCCCGGCUGCGGGAAGGUAUUCGCGCGCUCGGAGAACCUCAAGAUCCACAAGAGGACCCACACAGGCGAGAAGCCCUUCAAGUGCGAGUUUGACGGCUGUGACAGAAAAUUUGCCAACAGCAGUGACAGGAAGAAGCACUCUCAUGUCCACACGAGUGACAAGCCUUACUACUGCAAAGUGAGGGGCUGUGACAAGUCGUACACGCACCCCAGCUCCCUGCGCAAGCACAUGAAAGUCCACUGCAAGUCUCCUCCGCCCCCCUCGGCCAAUUCGGGACCCGCGUACCAUCCGUCGUCCGGCGGGCUCGCCGAUAGCCUCUCUCCGGCCGCGGAGCCCCACAGGAGCCGCUCCACGAACCUUUCUCCUCAGGUGACCAACCUCAACGAGUGGUACGUGUGCCAAGGGAGCGCCGUCCCCAACCACCUCCACACCCCCUCCAGUGACGUGCCAACGUCGGAAUCCGACGACGAGGACUCUUACAGACACUCAGAUCCGAGGACAAUGCUCUGAUGGGAGCACACCAGGAAUAUAUUUAUGUUACAUUCCCACCCCCACUGUGUUUUUUGUUAACUAAAUGUGCUCGAUGCACUUACAUAAGCAUUCCAGGAUGGAGGAAGGACGCGCAACAGCGCCGCGGAUGUCAGGUGGUGAAGAGCAUCUGCCCUCAGCACCUACCCGUUUGCCCUUAAGAUGUGCGCUCGUGUCGCCAUUAGGUUUCCCAUUCAUACCGUAACGACUGCAAAGCAGUGGACUGGACAGGCAUUUUGGAUACAAACGGCAGAGAAUGAAUGAAUGAAUAAUAGAGCGAGGCCUAUUGAGCGACAGCACAUGGGACCACUUCGCACCCAUCUCUCGAAACGCUGGUCGGGGCUGCAGGCGAGCUCCUGCUCCUGCAUUCACAACGCGCUCUUAGUUGAUUGAGUCAUAUCCAGUCUGUGAAGGUGCGCCGACACUGGUCGUGUGAAACAAUAAGCAGUUAAUUAAUGUGCUUGUAUCGAUGAGUGGACAGAUUUAUGUAGCUUAUGUUCCCCCGAGAGGUCUUCUUUAUGGUGAUGUACUGACGUGGAGUGUCUGAGGGACAGUUAUUCUUUUUAUCAA